AGGCGCGCCAGUCGAAAACCUGACUUCGUCAAAGAACAUCAGGUAAUUUGCCUUCGUUGUGCUCGAGAAGUGUUUUGGAUAUGACUAAAAUUGAUAAAUUUUGCUACUUUUCCGAAGAAAACACCUGAGAUAAAUUGCGACUGUUAUCGAAAUUUCGCGCAGCCAGUGUUUUCCCGUUCCGUGAGUGUGCAAAUCGGAUCCUUCUCGGCAGUUUAGCGCGAUAUCAAAAACUACUAACCAGGAGAAAAGUACUAAGUGGUUGUGGAAUGUGAUGGACUUUCUAUAAAAUAUUAAGUUUAUGUGUAAAGAAAAAUAUUCCGAUGAUAGAACAUAUUAAGUGAUAACGUAAUUACAAAAAUCAGCCAACAGUAUUGUGAGUUAACAAAGUCUCGAAGUUUCACGGACUCGAACCGGAUCGAGGAUGGCUUACCACAAGCCAACAGACAUCGAUGGCUUCAUAACACAGAUGGCAAAGGCGGACAUGCGAGUUAAGGCGCAACUUGCGGAGGAUUUGGUGCUAUAUCUGAACGACGCCGAGAACUCGAUCGAAUGUGUUGACCUAGGCUUGCUGAUAGACGGACUAAUCCCGUGGAUGGUUGGCAGUCAUUUUAAGAUCGCACAACGUGCUCUAGAAGCAUUUACCGAGCUGAUCGUUCGGCUUGGACAAGAUUUUAAUGCCUACACCUCUACCAUUCUGCCACAUGUAAUCGAUCGCCUUGGGGACAGUCGCGAUACUGUACGAGAGAAAGCACAACUGUUACUGCACAAGUUGAUGGAAUGUAGAGUAGUGUCCCCGCAAGCUUUACUUGACAAGCUGACGGUGUGUUUCAAGCAUAAGAACGCAAAAGUUCGCGAAGAGUUUUUACAGACCAUCAUCAACGCAUUGAACGAGUACGGAACUCAGUCGCUCUCCGUAAAGACCUACAUACAACCGAUAGUAUUGCUUCUAGGCGAUCCUACCCCAACGGUACGGGACGCAGCAGUUCAAACUUUGGUCGAAAUAUACAAGCAUGUUGGAGAUAAACUACGAGUUGGUCUCAGAAAGAAGGACGUUCCUCCAACGAAAUUCGCUAUGCUAGAGCAAAAGUUUGACGAAACACGAAACGAUGGUUUGCUGCUUCCUUCGGCGUUAAACGCCCCUGCUUACGGUGACGACGUUGACGCGAACGUACUGGCGAGGCCUGUAAGAUUAGUCAAACGGACACCGUCCGCAACACCUAGAAAACCAUUGUUCGAAACCCAGGGCUCCGGAGAUCUGCUUGCUGCCGGAGCUGUCUCGGAGGAAAUAUUUGAAAACUCAUUCGAAAACGUUCCACAGUUGUCUAUUUUUUCGCAACGUGAUAUGGAUGAUCACAUGAAAUCGAUCAACACUCUGAUAGGAGACAAGAACGUAGACUGGGAGAAGCGAGUGGAUGCGUUGAAAAAGAUCAGAUCACUGCUGAUGAUUAACGUUCAAAGUUCGCCGACAUUCACGCAACAGCUGAAAGACUUGUCCAUUGCAUUCCUGGAUAUUUUAAAAGAACUUAGAUCACAAGUGAUUCGCGAGGCAUGUAUUUCGUUAGCAUAUAUGAGCAAAGUUUUGAAAAAUCGCAUCGACCAGUUCGUUAUCUACAUCCUGCAAGAGUUGAUAAACCUUAUUCAAAAUGCGGCAAAAGUCAUAUCAUCGGCCGGCACGAUCGCCCUCAAGUACGUCAUAAAGUAUACUCACGCUCCAAAACUUGUGCCAAUUAUCACUCAGAAUCUCAUGCAAUCUAAGUCCAAAGAUAUUAGAAGCACGCUUUGCGAAAUCCUGUAUCUGCUGUUCGAGGAAUGGCCCACGAAAGCUUUGGAAAGAAACCAUCUACUGCUGCGAGAUGCACUGCGAAAGGGAAUUGCCGACGCGGAUAACGAUGCAAGAAGACACAGCCGAUGUGCAUUUUGGAGCUUUCGAAGGCAUUUCCCUGAUGUUGCUGAUCAACUCUACUCAUCACUGGACCCGGCAACUCAGCGCACUCUAGAAAAAGAUCGCGACUGCAUUGCGUCUAAUGGUACCAACUCAAUGAGUGUUAGUUUACGUGGCAGCAAUAGUAGCUUAAAUUCUGUCUCUGGUGCGGUGAUAAAACGUAGACAAUCCUCGGGACUCAGAAGUCCAGCAUCUGCACAACCACCAGUAGCCAGUAUUAGCACCGAAAAUCUGUCAUCAGCUAAUAGCGCAUCAUCAUCUCGACUGCAGCGAACGCCAUCUUUCCCCAAAUCAUACUCCCGUAAUCGUAGCGGAAUUCCGGUUGCGUAUCGUGAUCAAGCCCCAACAGCAAUCCGAGCUGGCUUGCGAAGCAUUUCGGCCGUCGAUACUGCUGCUGCACAAAGAGCCCGGGCGCGGGCACAAUAUUCGAACAUGGCACGAAUGAAAAUAUCAUCCGGUACCGCUUCCCUGCAGGGACAGUACGCUCAACAAGCUCGCUCCAAGAAGAUACCUGCCUCGAAUGCCACGCCGCAGCAACCUUCUACGCCAGAAAGAAAGAUGCGUUCCAGGUCCGGAGUAUCGCAGUCCCAACCCACAUCGAGAAGUACUUCCCCGUCGAGCAAGCUGCGUGAUACCUAUGGCAUUCCUUCACUCUAUAGACAAACCGGAACAGUUCCUAAAAAAGUCUCCGGUAUCCCGCGUUCGCUGGCGAACUCCCGCGAAACGAGUCCCACAAGAGGUACCCAGUUUGGAUCGCUGCGACGCGCCGUCUACAGUACAAACAGUCCGCGGCGGUUAGACCGGCCCCCGGUGAACCCAGGGCGGCCCGUAUUGGCACAAAAAAUUCUACAGCAGAGCCGGGAGGCGGAAAAUGCUCUGGCGGAUGCUCUGUCGCCGGACGAUCACGACAUGUCGGCCGAGUUCAACCGCUUGGGGCUGCACAGGAAAAUCUCACGCGACGAAUCGGACGAGAGUGAGGCCUCGUCGGUAUGCUCCGAGCGGAGUUUCGAUUCGUACCGAAGAGGCAACGAUUCGUACUCAUGGAAUGGGUCCAGAACGCGUCUCGAUAGUUCAAGGCCAGUAAUUGAGGACAUUGACACUAUUAUUCAGUUUUGCGCGUCUGCGCACUGGUCCGAGCGAAAGGAUGGACUUAUUAACUUGACGCAGUAUCUAAGCGAAGGGAAAAUGUUGACGCACCAGCAGCUGCAGAGUGUUCUGGAUCUUUUCCGUAAAAUGUUUAUGGAUCCCCAUAUUAAGGUGUAUGCAUUGUUUCUGGACACAGUGAACGAAUUGAUUUUAUCCCACUCUAAUGAUCUACACGAUUGGUUGUUUAUACUGUUAACGCGCUUAUUCCAAAAAUUAGGAGGAGAUCUGCUGGGUUCGAUGCAUGGGAAAAUAUGGAAAACAUUGCAGUUAAUUUACGAGUAUUUUCCGGCGGAUCUGCAGAUGCAGUGUGUUUUCAGGAUUGUUAAUGAUCCAGCUCAGACUCCAAACAUCAAAACACGCCAGGCGACACUGAAAUUUUUGACCACCCUAGCGACAACGUAUUGCACUGCUGCACAAUUUAUAACUCAUAGUCAAAUCCAACAAUUGGUCGAUCGGGCCAUUUUGAAAAUCAUCCAAACAGCCCUGGAUCAGAAAAGUCUGGAGCUGAAAUCCCAGGCCCGCUCUUGUAUAGUUGCUUUGUAUAACUGCAAUCCUUCGCAGAUGACAAUGACCCUGGCCAAUCUUCCAAAACAGUAUCAGGAUACAGCUAAAGCAAUCAUCCAACAGCACAUGCGACGGAGUACCUCAGGCACAGAAAGUCCCUCAUCUCCUUUAUCGUCUUCAAGUCCUAAGCCGCUGCUAAGCCCACAACAAGGUCCGUUUAGCUUACAAAAUAUGUCGACAUCAAGAUCACGACAAGCUUCGGUCGAAGUGACGGAGAUGAUGAACUCGGAAGAAGUAUACAAGAAUUUGCGAAAAACGACAGCCGAAAUUCAGAAUUACACCUUCGAGGCGAAGCUGGAUAGAGAUGCGAAUAGUAAGGAUUCCGGCAUAAGCCAAAUGGGAGAGCUGCAUUUGCAAAACACCGAUGCCUAUUCGUUGGCAUCGAACGGAUUGAACGGGCAUGUCGGAUUGGAGAAAGAUGAUUCCUGCAAUGGAUCGAAAACCCAGUCGGUCACUACCACCGAGUCAAACACGCCAGAGAAUACAGUACGACAGGACGGUAUCGAUGGUGGUCACAAUGCUUCGGCACUACAGCAUCGCCAUCCCAGUUAUACGGUUACGAAUGCCGGCGAAUUAUUACUAGAAAAUGGAACAAAGGAACACGAUGUCAUCAAAGCUGCUAUCCUAUUGUCACACGAUACAAGCUCAGACACGACAGUUCAAGUAUUGGAGAAUUUACAGACAUGUAUUAAGUAUGGAAACUGCGAACUGCCAAUUAAAAAUUUUAAAGCGAUUAUGAAAAUGCUACUAAACCUAAUGGAAUCGCAAAAUAACACAGUGUUAAUCGCUUCACUACAAACGCUCGGCCGUAUCGUGCGUAGUUCCGAGAUGAAGGCAUGCUGGGGCAACUUCCUGGAAUUGAUCCUGUUGAAGAUAAUCGAUUGUUACAAAAUAAGUAAAGAGGUUUCGCGGGAGAUUGAUUUAAUUGUUGUCAAAAUUGCAACUGUUUUACCUCUCGAUGUCUCUGUAAAUAUUCUGAAUCCAGUCAUCGCGACAGGCGACUUUCCGGCGAAUCUGUGCGCGCUUAAAAUUCUGAAAGAAUUAGCCCAUGAACAGGGGAAAGAUUUGACAGAUAAUCAUUUAGAUAACAUUAUGCCAAACAUAGCUAGGUUAGCAGAUGACAGUCAAUCGAUGGUGAGAAAAGCGGCAGUGUUUUGUAUGGUCGAGCUUUACAUCGUCAUGGGCGAGGAUAAAGUGAAGCCAAAAUUUGCGCUCCUUAAUGCGAGUAAAAUAAGAUUGUUAAACGUAUACAUCACGAAAGCGUUAGGCAGCAAUAGUAAAGGGUCGAUUUCAUGAUCUAAUGCCAUGUGAUUGUUGAUAAAAGGACACAAGUUCGCUAAAUUACUCUGUAAAUUUGGUAGACACAUUUCGAUUAUUUAUGAAUAAUAUUUAUCGCUAAAUUCAAACUUUGUUCUUUUUGUUUAAACAUUAAGCAGUAUGUUACUAUUGUCGGUAGCAAUCAAACUAACAAGAUUUUUUAAUAAAAUAACAUCAUAAAACAA